AUGUCUUCCUCAUUAACUUCUGACACUUCCAAUCUUUAUCAACGUAAUAUUGAGCGUGACUUAAAUACAAAGGCAACUCGAUUAUUAAAAAAAGAAAAUACUGCUGGUGCUGUACCAACAACUGAAGAUGAUGAAAUGGAACCAUUACCAUCACAACCAAGUGGUGCAAAUAUUAUAGUUGAACACCCAACAAUUCAAACAUUUACGCGAUAUUCUGAUCAAUUAUUAAGUGGUUUUGAUCCACGCUGGCGUAACUGGAUAAUACGUGGUAUAUUUUCAUUUAUAAUGAUUAUUGGAUUUGUUAAAUUAAUAAAUAUGGGAGCACAUGUUGUUUCAUUAGUUAUACUUCUUAUACAAAUAAAAUGUUUUCAAGAAAUUAUUAAUAUUGGUUAUGUUGUUUAUAAAUCCCAUAAUUUACCAUGGUUUCGUACAUUAUCAUGGUAUUUUUUAUUUACAUCAAAUUAUUGGCUUUAUGGUGAAAGUUUAAUACAUCAUUUUGGAUUUUUAAUGAAUAAAAAUAAUUUUCUUCAACCACUUGUUACAUAUCAUCGUAUGAUUGCAUUUCUUUUAUAUACAAGUGGUUUUGUUGGUUUUGUAUUAAGUUUAAAAAAAACUUAUUAUCUUAAACAAUUUACUUUAUUUGGAUAUACACAUAUUACAUUAAUGAUUCUUGUUACAACAAGUCAUCAAAUGAUACAAAAUAUUUGUGAAGGUAUAUUUAAGUUAAAUAUAAAAAUUAGAAAAAAAAAAACAUAUUAG